GCGGCACAAGAUGUACCAAGAACAGCUCAACCUUACCUCCCUGGACGCGCCACUACAGCUCCAACUUGACGCCAGCUGGAUCCAGUUCCACCUGGGGAUCAGCCGCCACGGGCUGUACCCCCGGUCCAGCCCUGUCGUCCGCCAACUGCUCCAGGACAUGAGGCGCUCUCCCACCAUCAGCGCUGAUUACAGUCAGGACGAGAAAGCCCUGCUUGGGGCUUGUGACUGCACCCAGAUUGUGAAACCCAGUGGGGUCCACCUCAAGCUGGUUCUGAGGUUCUCAGACUUCGGGAAGGCCAUGUUCAAACCCAUGAGACAGCAGCGACAUGAAGAGACACCCGCCGACUUCUUCUAUUUCAUCGACUUCCAGAGACACAACGCUGAGAUUGCAGCUUUCCACCUGGACAGGAUUCUGGACUUCCGACGAGUGCCACCCACAGUGGGGAGGCUAGUCAAUGUCACCAAGGAAAUCCUAGAGGUCACCAAGAAUGAAAUCCUGCAGAGUGUUUUCUUCGUCUCUCCAGCCAGCAACGUGUGCUUCUUUGCCAAGUGCCCAUACAUGUGCAAGACUGAAUACGCCGUCUGCGGUAACCCGCACCUGCUGGAGGGCUCCCUCUCCGCCUUCCUGCCGUCCCUCAACCUGGCCCCCAGGCUGUCUGUGCCCAACCCCUGGAUCCGCUCCUACUCGCUGGCAGGAAAAGAGGAGUGGGAGGUCAAUCCAUUGUACUGCGACACGGUGAAACAGAUCUACCCAUACAACAGCAGCCGCCGUCUCCUCAACAUCAUCGACAUGGCCAUCUUCGACUUCUUGAUAGGGAACAUGGACCGUCACCAUUACGAGAUGUUCACCAAAUUUGGGGAUGACGGGUUCCUUAUUCACCUUGACAACGCCAGAGGGUUUGGACGACACUCCCAGGACGAACUCUCCAUCCUGUCACCGCUGUCCCAGUGUUGCAGGAUAAAAAAGAAAACGCUUUCGCACCUGCAGCUGCUGGCCCAAGGCGACUACAGACUCAGUGACGUGAUGCGGGAGUCUUUGCUAGAAGACGAGCUCAGCCCCGUCCUCACGGAGCCCCACCUGCUGGCCCUGGACCGGAGACUCCAAAUCAUCCUACAGACGGUGAAGGGGUGUGUGGAGGCCCACGGAGAGCAGAGCGUCAUAGCCAGUGACCCCGCAGGAGAGUCGGCCCCGGACUCUGGCCGGGCUAACCCGACAAGCUAGGGGCCGGGUGAAGCCGCGUGUCAGGGACGACGCCUGCGGCCGGCGGUGGACUCGGGUGCGGACCUCGGCUUCCCCGCACCCCCGUCGAGGGGGGAGGCGCUGGGUCAGGAAGUCCUGGGGCACCAGGAUGAUUCUACAGGAGCAAGACCCGAAGGAGAGGGAUCCGCCGAACUUCCUCGGUGCACUGCUUCUCUAGGGCACCUCCUUGGCUCCCUCUUUCCCAGAAGGCACUGCUUCAUCAAGGCCACAGACCAGCUCCUGAACCCACCAGGGGAAUCUGGACAGGAGUCGGGCUUGGAAGGCCGGGAAGCCUUGUCCCCGGGAAAAGGGUAGAACAAAUAAAAUAAAAGGACACCAGUGGCACCUA